AUGUUUGCGUUAACGUCUUCAUCAUCCGCCGUUCUCGGAUCGCGAUCGCGCGUCGAAAACUUCAACGCGAGAAAAGUUUCCAGAAGAGGUGCAAUUAAAAUUGCCUCGUCAGCACACUCUCUUUUUUCUCCGAUGGAAAAAGAUGUUGCGCUCAAAGCGACUUUGUUCGUCAACAACAACAAAACGAAAGCGACGAGGUCUGUCGCCAUGAGGUCAACCGCAGGGAAUCCGGUGCCAACGGUAAAAGCCGGCGGAAACGCCGAUUUGGAGAAAAAGUUUUGUACUUUUAUUUUCGCCAUGUUUGGUUUCUUUUCCAUAGGGAUGUUGCUUCCUGGCUCCGCGCAACUUUGGUUCGGUCCAGAUCCGCCCUUCCCGAAGUUCAUGCACAUCGCCAUGUCGUAUUGGAACGUCGACGGCGGGAGUGUGAUCGCGAAUUGGUGGUCGAGAAUGACUGCGGUCCUCUUCCUCUCUUUCCUCGGUGGCCCAUUCUUAUUCGGCGCGGAGAUUACGAAGGCGUACUUGAAGCAAGUCACGGCGAUGUUAACUGGACAUCUUUGCAUGUUUAUCAACGUCACUUUCUUCUCCCCGGUCGCAAAAGUCGCGUGGUACCCGCAGAUUGUUCUGCAAAUCGCCUUGAUCGCUUUGGGUUUGAAGUUGAUCAACGAAAAGUAG